CCUCCUCCUCCUCUUGAGCCCCGAGCCAGCGCAUCCGGCGCCGGCGGCGGAAGCGCUUGUCUUCGAGCGCCCCGCGCCGCACGCGGAGGCAACCGCGCGGCCGCUUCAUCCGCGGGCGACGACGCGAGCGUUUGCAGCCGGACGCAGAAACGUGAGCGGUUCUAAGAGAAAACGGUUAUCGUCUAAUGCUGUUUGAUGAUUUCGAUGGCCGUACUGCAAGACGCCUCUGUGAAAUGGCCGUGAGUUCGAAUACUGACCCAGACGCGCUGCUGGAGGACCUGCAGAGCAGCGUGGCGCGGGGCGGCGGCGUGGGCGUGGGCGUGGGCGGCGGCGCGCCGGCGGUGAACGGCGUGAGCGCGUACCGGCGCGAGGUGACGCGCACCCUGGAGCGCGACGCGCCGCCGCAGGUGAUGCACCUGGCGCCCGCCAACCCCACCACCGUCCUGCCGUCGAUGGGGGCGGUGGCGCCGGGUGAGCAGCGCAGCGUGUCCUACAAGACGUACCAGUACCAGACCUACCACACGGCGGUGGGCGGCGACGUCCGCUCAGCGACGUUGCCCGCGUCGCCGCAGCAAGCGGCGCUGACAAGCAGCAGCGUGAGCAGCGCCACCAGCAUGGGCGGCGCGGGCGGGCUGGGCGCCGCCGACGCCGCGUCGGACGCGCGCCUGCAGCAGAACCUGCACGAGCUCGACAGCCUCCUGGUGGACCUGCGCCACGCGCAGCGCGCGGGCUUCGACCCGCCGCCCUCGCGCCUCGCCGAGACGCAGUCACAGAGCCACGCUACCCCCACGCCGGCGGUCAGGCCAGCAUCCCGACCCUUAAAUCAUAACCAGCUGGUUGGUACAGUGGAGCCGCUGGACCACAGCACGCCGGCGCCGCCCGCGCCGCCCGCGCGCCAGCCUCUGGCGUCCACGCCCACGCAGCAGCAGGUGGCGCGCGCCGUCGAGUACAAGACGUACCGCACGGAGCGCCAGCACCAGCACUACAGCGACGGCGGCGGGCCCGGCCCCGCGGGCGUGGGCUACGGCACGCCCAUGCCGCCGCCCGACUCGCCGCGCCUGCAGCCCAAGCGCACCUCCUCCGCGCAGCGCGAGCUCCGCACGCGCUCGCCGUCGCCCGGCGCGGGCGGCCCGCAGCGCCGCGAGUACGUGGAGGCGCGCGAGCGCUACCGCGAGAAGUCGCCCUCGCACCAGCGCCUGCAGCGCGAGGUCUUCUACAACGAGACCAACACCACCAGCAGCAGCACCAGCGGCGGCACCCCGCGCGCCCACCGCUACCGCGAGCCCUCGCCGCCGCCGCCCCAGCAGCAGGUGCAGCCGCUGCGCCGCGGGCCCUCGCCCGGCCCGCCCCAGCCGCCAGGUGACUUCAACGCGCGAGCCCAUGCAGCGGGGGGGGCGAUUCUUGCGGCCGUGUUACUUAUGCAGUCAGGAGUACUUUGGCCUAUAAGGAGACGAUUUGAGGGGGAAGAACUUGUUUAUUAUUUACUUGUGGUUCCCGUGCGAAAUUGUGCUAUGUAG